CUGCACACAGAUGUAUAUAGACAUACUUUGAGUAAAUUGGCAAAAACUAACACAUUUCGCGCAACCGUGUCCAGUAGCUACCACUUUAUGAUUUUGUGCGAAAAACUACCAAAAUUUUCCUAAUCCGUUGCUAAAAACUACCAAGUGUGAAAAUUGCUCCAUUAACCUCUUCUAAACACAUUUCCGACAUGCUGGACCCACAAGUCAGGUUGACCAUUAAUUUUGACCGUUAUUACAGAUAGGACCCACACGUCAGACCUUUCUUCCACCUCUCUCCAUCCUCGUGUGCAUUACAUCGAACAGGUUAUGUGCAUCUCGUCGCGGAGCACGGAGAGCUCGAAGGCCGCCUCCUCCUCGUCAUCAACGACCUCUGCAUCGUCGCCGUCGUCCUCGGAGCGCUCCUGCCACGGCCAGUUCCGGCGCAUCCUCUCCGGCCUCGCCCACGGGGAGGCGGCGGUGACCAAGAAGCAGCAGCAGAAGAAGCACGUGGAUGAGGCCCUGCACUACAGCUACUACUACAGGCCGUCGCUCGCGGGGAGCUACCGGGCGCCGGGGCCGCACGCCACCACGUCCAGCUCCUCCGAGUGCUCCAGCUACGGCGGCUUCUCGUCGUCCGAGGCUGAGUCGUCCAACCACCGCCGCCUGCGCCCCAUCCGCACCGUGGUGCCCGGCGGUCAGCCCGCACCCGCGCCGGAGAAGAAGGCCAAGAAGCCGGCGGCGGCGGGGGCCUCGAUCCGCGCCAAGCUCACGGACCUCCGCAAGCCGGCCUCCCCCGGCGCGCGCCUCGCGGGCUUCCUCAACACCAUCUUCGCCGGCAAGCGCAGCGCGCCGCAGACCCUGCCCUCGGCCCGGGCGGCGGCGGCGGAGUACGCGUGCUCCUCGGCGUCGUCCUACUCGCGGUCGUGCCUGAGCAAGACGCCGUCCACGCGCGGGCCCGUGAACCGCACCGUGCGGUUCGUGGACGGCGACCGCGAGGCGCCGGCCACGGUGCCCGGGGCGGACCGGCAGAGGGUGCCGGCGCUGGCGGUGGGCCGCCGCCUCCCCGUGGGCGAGGCCGGAGAGGAUGCGCCGGAACUGGCCGUGGCAGGAGCGCGCAGAGGACGACGGCGACUAUGCAGAGGCCGAUGA